UUCAACAAGUGACUACGUAGUGUGCAAAAUAAUUGAUUUUGUUAAUAAUUUUAUAAUAUUUGGGAUUUAAAAUGUCCAAAAAAGACGACAACCCUUUUAAAGCACUCGGACUAAAACCAUGGGUAACAAAACAACUACAAAAACUGGGCAUCAAAACUGCAACACCCAUUCAGCAGAAUUGUAUUCCCCAAAUCCUUGCUGGCGCUGAUUGUAUUGGAGCAGCAAAAACUGGUUCAGGAAAAACAUUCGCCUUCGCUUUGCCAAUUCUACAAAAACUCAGUGAAGAGCCUGUCAAUCAUUUCGCAUUGAUUCUAACGCCUACCCAUGAACUUGCAUACCAGAUUUCAGAACAAUUCCAAGUCGCGGGACAACCACUGGGUGUUCGUGUCUGUGUGGUUGCCGGAGGAACUGAUCAAAUGCUCGAAAGUCAGAAGCUAAUGGCACGUCCGCAUAUUGUGGUAGCCAUGCCAGGUCGACUGGCUGAUCAUUUGACUGGAUGUGAUACCUUCUCUUUUGAUUCACUUAAAUUUCUGGUUGUCGAUGAAGCCGAUCGAAUGUUAAACGGGGAUUUCGAUGAAAGUUUAAGUGUCAUUGAAAGAUGCAUCCCAAAAGAACGCCAGAACUUAUUCUUUUCAGCGACUAUGAAAGAUUUCAUGAAAGAAUCGUGCAUAUUUCCUAUAUCUGAUAAAGCAUUUGAAUGGUCCGAAGAAUUUGAUGUAGCAACAGUGGACACCCUCGAUCAGAGGUAUAUUUUAUGUGCUGACUAUGACCGUGAUAUGGUCUUGAUUGAGGCUCUACGAAAGUACAAAGAAGAAAACGAAAACUCAAACGUUAUGAUAUUUACAAAUACAAAAAAAUACUGCCAGUUGCUUUCCAUGACUUUGAACAAUAUGGGAAUCGAGAAUGUGUGUCUGCAUGGUUUUAUGCGGCAAAAAGAACGUGUAGGUGCCUUAAACAAAUUCAAAUCUAAUCAUGUGCGAACUUUGAUUGCCACAGAUGUUGCUGCAAGAGGUCUUGAUAUACCAAGUGUACAAUUGGUAAUGAACCAUCGACUACCAAGAACUCCAAAAGAAUAUAUUCACAGAGUUGGUCGAACUGCGCGAGCUGGACGUAAAGGAAUGGCUAUUUCGAUAUUUAGAUUUCCCCGAGACUUAGAAUUACUUGCUGCUAUUGAAACCGAAAUCAAUACCAAACUUACUGAACAUCCAGUUGAUCAACGGAUGGUGGAGCGAAUCUUCAUGCAAGUCAAUGUUGCAAGGCGUGAACAAGAAAUAAAUAUGGAUAAUAACGAUUUUGAUGAAAGAGCUCAGAACUAUAGGAGAAAAAAGUGGAUCAUGGAAGGCCAAGAUCCAGAUGAAAUGGAAGAAAAGUACCGUAAGAAGCAAAAGGACAAAUUGAAAGAAAUCCGUAAAAAACGAAAAGAAUACCAACAAGAAAUGGCUUCAAAGGAACCUGUUCUAAUUCAAGAUGAGCGUUUUAAGUCAGUUGAAACAAAGCGUUUUGAAAAACCCAAAAAACCCAUUAACCAAGAAAAGGACAAGAAAACAAAUAAAGUUGGUCUUAAAUCGAAAAAUAUAAAAAAACCACUGUCUUUAAAUAAAAAAGUUUUAAAGAAUAAAAAAAGCAAUAAAGUGACGUAAAAAAAACUUAAUUCGUUUUAUGUAAAUUUUUUAACAUCUUUUUUGUAAUUUAAUAAUAAAAAAUUUAUUUACACAUUGA